CUUUUCUAUAAGAUCCAAAAACUGCAACCAAAUCAAUCAACCCGUCAACUAAAACAAUAAGAAACAUGUCCGACGUUGGAGUUAUCGGCCUCGGUGUCAUCGGCUUUGGUAUGGCGAUCAACUUGCGUCGCAAGCUUGACUCCGGUGUCACCCUCCAUGUCUACGACGUAUUGGAUACAGCCAUUCAGCGCUUUUUGAAGGAGGCUGGCGACUAUGGCAAGGUUGAAGUAGCUACUUCGCCUGCCGACCUCGUUGGCAAAUGUGGUACCGUACUCUCCAGCUUGCCUGCUGGGCAGCAUGUCAAGCAGGUAUACUUGGAAGGGGACAAUUGUGUCCUUAAAGCACCUGUGAAUGCCGACAGGUUGAUCAUCGAUUGCAGCACCAUUGAAAUUGAGCUUACCCGAGAUGUCGGAAAUCAGAUCAUGAAUGCAGGCUUGGGCAACUUCGUCGAUGCCACUGUUUCUGGAGGAGUAUGGGGAGCCAAUGACGGAACCCUUACGUUCAUGGUUGGCCACGCCAAACCUACUGAGGCAGAUGUCGUGGGUAAUCGAGUCUGGAACAUCUUGUCCUUGGUUGGCCAACGCGACAAGAUACGCUUCUGUGGCGGGCUCGGCAUGGGCCAGGUUGCCAAAAUCGCCCACAACUAUGUUUCCCUCUGCAACAAUGUCACUGCCACGCAGGGCAUGGCUCUGGGCCUCAAGUAUGGCAUUGACAAACAGGUUCUUUGGGAAUGUAUGACCGAUGGUACCGCGAAUUCGUGGGUCAUGGGCUUGGAACAACCUGUUCCGGGCAUUGUGCCUGACGCUCCCUCGAGCAAUGGGUACCGCAGGGCUUUUGCGCCAGCCCUCAGCCUCAAAGACCUGGGUAUCGCGGUCAAGUGUGCUGAAAAGGUGGGAAUCAAUCCGACUGUAGGCAAGGUGGCUAUCGAGGCAUUUACGGUUGUUGAUAAUGACCCUCGCACGAAGAAUCUUGACCAUACCUCUCUGUGGCUACAUGUCAACGAUAAUGUAGAUGCUUUCAUCAAGGAGAACGGCGUGUGGCCGGGAGGAACUUUGUAGAUUCCUUUCUCAGAGAGUAGGUAGGUCGGGCUGGCCUGCUAGCAUUCCAUGGCUACAAUUUUACAUUAGCAAAGCUUGUGAACUCUUAGCUGGCUAUUGAAAAUGCAUGAAGCUGGCAGGGGGCUAGCUCGACGUGCUUACCCUUUGUAUAUACAAGAGGCCUAGAUAUAGACACACAAGUCUACAGCAACUCAUCAAUCGAAAUCUAUGUCUCCU